AUGGCGCCCUUUGAGGCCAUGUAUGGUAGAAGAUGUUUCUCUCUGAUUGGUUAUUUUGACGCGUUCGAGGUGAGAUUGUGGGCAAUAGACUUGUUGAGAGAUUUCUUGGUUAAGAUAAAGUUGAUUCAGGAGAAGCUUCUUGCGGAUCAGAGUAGGCAAAAAGGUUAUGCGGAUCAGAAGGUUCGUGAUGUGGAGAUUAUGAUUGGUGAUCAGAUUCUGUUGAAAGUUUCACCCAUGAAGGUUGUGAUAAGAUUUGGGAAGCUAGGCAAGAUAACCCUGAGGUUUAUUGGUCCUCUUGAGAUUAUUUGGCGUAUUGGUGAGGUAGCCUAUAAGUUUCCAUUGCCACCAGGUUUGGCGGGUGUUCACCCUGUAAUUCAUGUUUCCAUGUUGAAGAAACACCAUUCAUACAGGUCAUGCAUAAUCCAAUGGGACUUGGUGCUUUUUUAUCAGAAUCUGUCUUUUGGGAAAGAGCCGGUGGCAAUCUUAGAUAGGCAAGGUAGGAAGUUUAGAUCCAAGGAGAUAGCUUCAGUAAAGGUGCAAUGGAAGCACCAUCCAGUUGAGGAAGCUAGACGAGAGACCGAGCUGGAUAUGCGAAGAAAAAACCCUAGUUGUUCAUCAAUUCAAAUACAAAUCCUUGCUCCAGUUCUAGGCCUCAUGGCUGAUCUCGAGGCAGUCUAUUCGGAGGUUUCAGGCUGUUGUAAUGUAUUAGAAGCUCUUGUACAAGUUAGACCAGGUUUUGGAGAUUGUAAAGACUAA